CGCCUGCCCAGAAAGCCUCGUCCCGGAAGCGACCGUUACCAUGCAGUCGGCGGAGGACUGGCUGGUGGAGUCCUUGCGCUUGUACCAGGAUUUCCAUGCAUUUGACCUCUCAGGAGCCACCCGAGUCCUUGAGUGGAUGGGUGACAAAGGAGUCUUUGUUGCUGGCUACGAACUCCUGACAAAAAACGAGAUACUUCAUCUGAUACUGCCUCUCAGACUUUCCAUAAAGGAAAAUCAGGGCUUAUUCCCAGAAAGAGAUUUCAAGGUGUGCCAUGGAGGGAUUUCAGACACAUCUGUUUUUGAUUUAAAGCACGUGCCAAAUACCAGGUUGCUGGUGACCAGUGGGCUUCCAGGAUGUUACCUGAAGGUGUGGCAAAUUGCAGAGGAUAGGGAUGUCAUUCAAGCCACUGACACCAUUGCUGUGCAUGAGAAAGAGGGGAGUCUCUGGUCUCGGAUGGCUGUCUUCUCCUCCAUGGCUCCUGGAAUCCUUCAUGGGGUACGGCUCAGUGGCCUGAGGAUUGUGGAUCUGGAAUCCCAGAAGACUUCAUACAGUUCAGGUGUCAGUGACGGUGAGGAGCUGAGUAGCCUACAGGUCCUAGAUGCAGACACCUUUGCUUUCUGCGGUACCUCAGGCCGGCUGGGGAUUGUCGACAUCCGCCAGAAGUGGGCACCAGUGGAGAAUCUCGGCCCAAAUCCUGAGUCUGGGGGAGAGAGAUGGUGUGCAGAAGUUAGAGACAGGGGCCAAGGCCCUGGGUCCUGCAUCGCCAGCCUUGCCUCAAAUGGGCAACUCCGUCUCCUUGAUCCUCGGAACCUUUGCCAUCCUGUGAGCUCAGCCCAGUGCCCAGUGUCCACACCUAGCCCUGAUCCAGAUCUGUUGCGAGUGACUUGGGCUCCACGCCUGGACAACUGCUUGGCUAUUUCAGGCUUUGAUGGGACAGUCCAGAUCUAUGAUGUCACUUCAUGGGAUGGACAGAGAAGCCAAGUGAAGCCUCUCUUCACUCACAGAGGUCACAUUUUCCUAGAUGAAACUAAGAUGGAAACUGCUCCACUGGUCACUACCCACACCUGGCACCCCUGCAAACCCAGGACUUUGUUAUCAGCAGCAAGUGAUGCCUCUCUGCAUGUGUGGGACUGGGUGGACCUUCAGACUGCCUGUUGACACAAGUGGCUCCCCUCCCAGGCCUCUGGGAAGAAGAGGAGCUACUCACAUGGCAAGAGCACUGUUGCAGGACUCUUGAGUGACCAUAGGUCCACCACAGGCUACCAGCUGUGUGGCCUCAGGCAAGUUAGCCAGCCUUACUUGGCCCAUUUUCUUAUCUGUAAAAUAAGGAUAGUAAUAACUGUUUUACAGAAUCGUAGCGAAUGUCAGAAGUAAAAUAUCAGAACAUGGUUGGUUGGAUACAUGGCACAGUAGAUUUGGCAGGAAGCCCCAUCUCCCCCAAGUGUGCAGUGGCAGUCUCUGUUACUGCCUUGUCUUAGUAUCAAAGUCAAUGAGUGCCUGGGUGAUAGAUAGCUCAGUUGGUCAAGUGCUCCAUGAGGACUUGAGGCCAGGUUUCCAGAACCCAUGUUAAAAACACAAAGCAACCACAAAACCCCCAGCAUGUUGGUAAGCACUUGCAAUUCCAGGGCUGUGGAGGCAGGGACAGCAGAUCCCUGAGACUCACUCACUGGCCAGCUAUCUAGCCUGCCUGUGAGUGCCAAAACAAUGACAGUCCCUGUUUAAAAAAAAAAAAAGUGGACAUUAAUGAUGUAUUCUACACACAUGUA